AUGCCUCCUAAGAAGUGGGACGAAGAGAGCAGCGAAGAGGAGAGCUCCGGCCCCGCCUCCCCCAUUGGCGGUGCUGUUCCUAUCCGCCGCAAGUUUGAAGACGAGGAGGAUGAGGAUGACGUUCUCGACUCCUGGGAUGCCGCCGAAGACUCCGAGGUAGAGCGCGAAAAGGCUAAGAAGGCCGAGGAAGCAAAGGCCAAGGCUCUCGAGGAGGCUAAGAAGAACAAGAAGACCAAGGCCGAGCGCAUCGCUCAACUGAAAGAGGAGCGUGCCCGCCUCGAUGCCGACGACUCUGGCGAGGAGGAGACCGAGGCUGAGCGUCGUGAGCGCCUCCGCCGCACCGAGAAGGAGUCCGACCUGAAGCACGCCGAGGAUCUCUUCGGUGAUAUCGGAGUCCCGGCCGGUCGCAAGGCUGUCCUCGCCGGCUCUGCUGUCCAGAUUGAUCCCAACGACCCUACCAAGACUGCCAACAUUGCCUCUAUGCCGCUCUUCAACCCCGUUACCAAGACCCAGUUUGAGCACCUCCGCACCACGCUGACCCCGAUUCUCGCCAACAACGCCCGCAAGGCUCACUACGGCCUCUUCCUUCAGGAGUUCUCCAAGGCCCUCGCCAAGGAUCUGCCCAGCGACCAGAUUAAGAAGAUUGCCAGCACUCUCACUGCCCUUGGUAACGAGAAGAUGAAGGAGGAGAAGGCUGCUCAGGGCGGCAACAAGAAGAGCAAGGCGGCCAAGACCAAGGUCUCCGCCGUCGUCAGCCGUGCUCCCGCAGCUGACACCGAGACCUACGAAGAUGAUGGUUUCGGAGAUGAUGACUUUAUGUGA